AUGUUCAAGCGGACAGCGAUCGUUACCGGCUCAAGCCGGGGUAUUGGGGAAGCCAUUGUCCGCCGUCUGGCGGCCGAAGGCUACGCCGUGUGCGUGAACGAUGUAUCCGCGAACAAAGCUGGCAUCGACAAACUAGUAGCGGAACUGAAUUCAACGCACGGCUCGGGAUCUGCAAUCGGAGUCGUUGCCGAUGUCACCUCCUCCUCAGACGUGCAAUCCAUGAUUAAAGAGUCGGUAGACAAACUGGGGCCGUUGACAGUGAUGGUUGCGAACGCAGGCAUCGCACAGGUGGCUCCAGCAUUGGAUAUCUCGGACGCGGAUGUGCAGCGCAUGUUCAACGUCAACUUCAUGGGCGUCUGGCUAUGCUACACGCACGCAGCACGGCAGAUGAUCGCUCAGGGCCCCGUCCCUGAGGGCAGCAGUGGAUACAAAAUUCUCGGGGCGGCGAGCAUCGUUGCGUUCAAGCCGUUCCCACUCCUCUCACACUACAGCGCCUCCAAGUGGGCAGUGCGCGGCCUCACGCAAGUAUUCGCCAUGGAAAUGGCCAAGCACAAGAUCAACGUCAACGCCUAUGCGCCCGGCAUUGUAGGCACGGCGAUGUGGGAUCUCAUUGACGAGAAGCUCGGCGAGAUCGAAGGGCGAGGAAAGGGCGAGUCAGUGAAGAAAUACAGCUCCGACUUAACGGCGCUCGGUCGAGUCAGUGUCCCUGAAGACGUCGGGAAUCCCGUCGGAGGCUUCCUGUGCUCCAAGGAUGCAGAAUUCAUCACGGGCCAAACGAUUGUGAUUGACGGCGGCAUCAUUUUCACUUGA